GGGCACAGGAGCCGACAGCAGCAGGCAGGUGAGAAGAAUGGGCUCCGUGUCAGAGGAGCUCAGCCUGGUCCCCCUGCACCAGUGGCCAGAGCUGCUGGAGGCCUGUGCUGAGCUGCUGCGCGAAGAGUGGGGGAAGAGCCGGGCGUCGCGGCUCCACGCGCUGCAGCGCUCCUCGGACACUUUCCCCUGCCUGCUGCUGCUGCGGAGCCGUGGCACUGCCGAGGCCCCCUGCCAGCUCGUGGGCCAUGUCCGGCUCUCCCGUGUGGCCAGCCGGCCCCACGACCUCUUUGUGGAGAGCGUGGUGGUGGCCCGGGCGCUGCGGGGCCAGGGUUACAGGUGGCGGCUGAUGGAGGCCACUAAGCAGUGGGCCCGGGCCCGGGGCUUCGGCUGCCUGCAGCUCACCACCCACGACAAGCAGCAUUUCUACGCACACCUGGGCUUUGUCCUGGGCGAGCUGGUGCAGAGCGUGGCCUUCCUCAGCCCCACCAUACCCGCUGAGGUGCUGCGGCUCUUCUCCACCCCCCCUGGUGCCACCACCACCACCACCAGACCAAGGGUGCCUCCUGCCCCUCCACCUCCCCUCCUCCCACCCCCCGCUGCCCCCGCACCGCCCCCCUCCCCAAAUGUGAUCUGGGCAAGGGGGGUCCUGGCUGAGAGCAAUAGGCACAGCCUCCUGGAGACCCCGCACCGCGAUGCCAAAGGGCUGCCCCUCUUCUGGAUGAAGAAGGACAUUAGAGGGGCCGGGGCCCUGAGCCGGUGAUUAAAGCAGUGCGGGCAGGAGCUGCCCACCCUGGCAGUGCCUGGCUGCUGCCGUUCUUCAGGUCUGGCACCAGUUUCCCCAGCGUCCCCGGCCCCAUUGCUGGUGUGGGUGCUGGUGGGGACGUGGUCCCCACACCCUGCCCUGCCCAGGCACAUUGGCUCUGCUCCCCCAAGGCCCCCAGAUUGCCUGGCUGGGGCCCUGGGACCACCAG